UGUUUUUUUUGUGUUAUUGAAAAAGUGAUAUGUUUAUUUAUGUGUUUUGAGUGUGACAUUUAAAAAAUAAUGUUUUAUUUUGACAUUUCUAAUGUGACAACUACUAUAGGAUACACUUUUAAUAUAAAACAAUUGAAUUCUAACGAGUAGCAUCAACGAUUCUCGGUCUACAGACUUUUGUGUAUAUCAUCCACAACUAUACCGAAUCGUCUUUGUUGUAACACUCACAAUCCACACAACUCCUUCUAUUAUGUUCAACUUUAUGAAGAAAGGUGUUGGUGGUGGUUCGGGGGCUUCUACUGAGCGUGACAGAGAAGAUAAAGAACGCCGGAAACGUGAAAAAAAGGAACGGAAGGAAAAACAGAAACGUGAUCGGGGUAGUAUGUCUGCUGAAGAAUUACUCAGGCUAGACGAAGUACGACGUUCAUUAAAAAUACGAGGCAGACGAAAAGAAAAAGAGAAACUGCCGUCGGGUAUUACGGCAGACUAUACAGCAUCAUUCUUGGCAAGUUUAGAACGUGAUAUCCAACCACCUGGAUCACCUGGUAGCGGUAGUACAUCCACUUGGAUACGCACUGCAGAUGGUUUAACACAAUCGGAUAGUUCUGAAGCCAGUCUUAACUCAUUAACAAAUAAUCCAAAUCAACAACAACCAAAACAAUUACCUCCAGUUCCACCGCGUCCACCAAAACGUGGCAUAUUAAAAGGCCCUCGUACAAGCAUUACCAUUGACUCAUCCACAUUUCAUUCAAUCCAAAAUGGAAGUCAUAGUAAUAACGAUAUAAUUGGAAUGAAUAAUUUAAUCAGAAAUACAUUACAAAAUGAAGUAAUUGCAUACCAAAAUGUUCCAGCAACGCCAACCAAUCAAAAUCUACAUCAUUCAUCCCAACAUGGCGGCAACAAUGGCGAAUUAACAAACGGCUCCAAAAAUUUGACAAAUAAUUUAUUAGUAAUCACUUCAACAUCCCCCAGUGUAGAUAGUUUAACCGAUACAACAACAAAUUCCUCAUUUGCAACACCUCCGUUUAGUUUGAGUCCUGUGGGUGAAUCACAAGGUUUUCAUCGAUGGACACGAACUGCUAAUUUUGAUGAUAUGAAUUUACCCUUACCAAAUAUAGUGCCGUUAGUGUUACCGAAACCGCGGACGUUAACAAUACAACGGCAACCAGCACCUCGAAAUGAUUUCGGUUUUUCAUUACGACGUGCUAUGAUUGUCGAACGUAAUGUGAAUGAAAGUGGUGUUGUUAUGAAAGCGGUGAUUUUCGCUGAACCGGGUGCCAUUGUGCAAAAUAAUAAUGAAACUGGUUUGUUACCGGGUGAUCGGUUGUUAGAAGUGAAUGGUGUUAAUGUUGAUGAUAAAACACGUGAAGAAAUUAUUGACUUAAUUAAAAGUUCAAAGGAUUCUGUUACAGUUAAGGUACAACCAGUAGCAGAAUUAUCAGAAUUAAGUCGACGUUCGGGAGUCGAUGGUCGUCAUGUUGAAUUAGACGAUAGUAAUAUUCGAUGUGGAACACUUCGACGUUCUGGUAGUCGACGAUUUAAACAAACUACGGCAAAGUCUGAAGAACAAGUUGCAUCCGAACGUGCCUGGUUAGAUUCUGAACGUUUAUGGUUAGUACAUCGUACAGGAUUUACUGGAUGCCGACGAGCUGCAUCACAUUAUGCAAAUGGUAAUGGCAAUACAACGACAAAUGGAAACGGUACAAAUGGUGGUAUUGAUGUACAAUCUGGAAAGAUAUCAAUACGAUUGGAUGAUUCUGGUGAAGUUCUACAAGUGGAUGAAGAUGAUCUUGAAAAAGCAAAUCCACCAAGUUUGGACAGAGCUGAAGAUAUUGCACAUUUACGUUACCUAAAUGAAUCAAGUGUUUUACAUUUAUUGCGACAAAGAUAUGCUAGUAAUUUAAUUCAUACAUAUGCUGGUCCACAUAUGAUUGUUAUUAAUCCAAUGGCGCCCCUUGCUAUUUAUUCAGAAAAAGUUGUUUCUAUGUUCAAAGGUUGUAAAACUGAAGAUAUGCCACCACAUAUUUAUUCAAUGGCACAAUCCGCAUAUAAAAAUAUGCUCUCAUCUCGUCGUGAUCAGUCAUUAGUAUUUUUAGGACGAUCUGGUUCCGGAAAGACAUGCAAUUUUCGACAUUCCUUACAUUAUUUAGCAUUAGCAGCUGGUUCAUUAAACAAAGUGAUUACAGUUGACAAAUUAAAUCACAUUUGGACAAUAUUAGAAAAUUUUGGUAAUACAAAAACACCAAUGAAUCAAAAUGCAACACGAUUUACACAAAUAUUUAGUUUGGAUUUUGACCAAUCUGGUGUAAUUGCAUCCGCUAGUAUCCAAAUAUUAUUAUUAGAACGAUCACGGGUUGCACGUCGAUUGGAAACUGCAGAUCCAACAUUCCAUAUAAUGUAUAGAAUGUUAGCUGGAGUUGAAGGUGUACUUAGGAAAGAAUUAUUUUUGGAUUCGUUAUCAUCGAAUGAAGGAAAUGUUUUUAUAACACCUCUUCAAAAACACGAAGAUAAACAGAGAGCACAAUCAGAAUUCACAAGAGUGUGUAGUGCUUUUACAGCUCUAGGAAUAACAGCGCAGGAACAAAAAAUUAUUUGGUCUUGCCUUGCGGCUGUUUAUCAUUUAGGAAGUGCUGGCGCUGUAAAAGCUGGAUCUUCAAAUUCACGAUAUCAAUUUGCAAAUCCUCAAUCAGCGCAAAGAGCAGCACAUUUAUUGGGUACAACUGUUGAAGAAUUAUCACGUAUAAUAUUUGGUUUAGCAUCCGGUGGUAUGGUUACGCCAAGUGCACCACGAGUACCAUUCCGAACGCCUUCACCAACAGAUCGUGGUUUUGAAGGCAGUGUUGUAGGAUAUGAUGCCUUAGAAGGAUUUUUAGUUGGAUUAUAUGCUGAAGUAUUUAAUUGUGUAGCGGCUUUAAUUAAUAAACAAAUUUCGGCCUCAGUUCAUACAGUAUCAUCAAUUUUAUUAAUUGACACACCCGGUUUUCAAAAUCCAGCUACAUGUGGUCGCCAAAGUGGUGCAACAUUCGAAGAUUUGUGUCAUAAUUAUUUACAAGAGAGAUUACAAUUAUUAUUUUACCAUACAACCCUAGUGGCACCCAAAGAUCGAUAUGUACAAGAACAUAUUGAGUAUAAUUUCGAGGGAGAAGCUGAACAUGAAAAUUUAAUAAAUCCUGGACCAAUGGUCAGUUUAUUAGAUAAAACUGCCCAAAAUACAAUGAUUCGUAGUUCACAAACGGAUAUUAAUGAUGCUGAUCGAAGAGGAUUUUUAUGGCUCUUAGAUGAGGAAGCCAUUUAUCCUGGUUCUACAGAUGAAUCAUUUAUGGAACGUUUAUUUACGCAUUAUGGUGAUCGGGAUCAUCAACUAUUGUUACGUAAAGCACCUGGAUUUAAUCAAUUUAUUUUACAACAUUUACAAGGAACGAAUCCAGUUUUGUAUACAGCAAAUGGAUGGCUUAAAUCUAGUCGAGAAAAUCCUGUUGCUAGAGCAGCAGUUACUGUACUUCAAGAGAGCAAUAAGGAAGAAAUAAGUAAGUUAUUUGUGGCAGUACGAGGUCUGGGACCAUCAAGUAUAAAUAUGAGCGGCUCAGUAUGUGGUAUUGAAGGAGCACAAUCAUUACGACGAGCUUCAAGUAUACGUAGAACAUUUACUGCUGGAACAGCCGCAAUUAAAAGAAAAUCAAUUUGUUUACAAGUUAAAUUCACCGUUGAUGGGCUUAUUGAGACAUUACGCAGAACCAAAUUACGUUUUGUGCAUUGUUUUUUACCACAACACAGUGCUGGAAUGUGCGAAAGUCGUACAGCAUUACUUUCAGUUCGAUCUAUUGGUGGUCAAGCUGAUGAUUCUUUAAUUAAUUUACCCUUAAUAAGAUCACAGUUACGUGGCAGUCAGAUAUUGGAAGCAACACGCUUAUACAAACAAGGAUUUCCAGAAAAUUUACCAUUAUCUGAAUUCCGUCGUCGAUUUAGUUUAUUAGCACCAAUUUGUACAACACCAACACCAGAACAACAAAAUUCAUUGAAUGAAAUAAAUACAACGAAUGGAGUAUUGGAUGAGCGUAAAGCUGUUGAAGAUAUGUUACUUCAAGUGGAUAUCGAUCAUAUGAGUUAUCGAGUUGGUUUAAGUCAGAUAUUCUUCAGGCCAGGAACACUUGCACAUUUAGAAGCUCAACGGGAUUCAUUACUAACUGGACGUGUUAUUCAUUUACAAGCACAUUGCCGUGGAUAUUUAGCGAGAAAACGACUACAAAAACGACGAUUACAAGAGACAGCUGUACGAUGUAUUCAACGGAACGUGAAGGCCUUUAUGGCGGUACGAGACUGGCCAUGGUGGAGACUUCUUGUUCGAGUUACGCCACUGUUAAAUGUUCAUCGUACAGAAGAGGAACUCAAAAAGAAAACGGAGGAACUAGAAGUUUUACGUGCAAAAGUUGAAAAACUUGAAGCUGAACGAACAACACUGAAACACGAUAAUGACAAACUUGAAGCAAAGUUAAGCGAAAUGACUGCAGAUUUAGCUGAGGAACAUUCAACGGCAACGUUAGCUGCAGAACGUUUAGAUGCUGAAACGUCAGAAAGAAUUCGAUUAGAACGUGAAUUGUCUGAAGUACAAAAUAAAAAUAAAACAUUGCAACAGACAUCGGAACGCUUAGAAAUGGAAUUGUUAUAUGCACGAUCUGAUAUUAAUGGUGUCAUUUCGGAAGAAGAUGAAGAAGGUGAAGGUGAUACUAGUGUGUAUAAAGCAAAAUAUGAACGAGCUGUCAGAGAACUAGAAUUUACACGAAGGCGAUUGCAACAACAGCAUGAAGAUGAUUUGGAACAACUUGUUGGUUUGAAAAAACAAUUAGAGAAAAAGUUAUCUGACGCAUAUGAGGAAGUCGAAGAACAGCGGCAAGUUGUUGGACAAUGGAAACGUAAAGUACAAAAAUUAACGUCAGAAAUGAAUGACUUACGAUUAUUAAUUGAAGAACAAAAUGCUAGAAAUAAUUUACUUGAGAAAAAGCAACGAAAAUUCGAUUCAGAAACCCAAUUAUUACAAGACGAAGUACGUCAAGAAAAGCAACAAAAAGAUCGAUUAAGUCGUGAAAAGGACAUUUUAUUGGCGGAAAAAUAUACUCUAGAAAGUAAUUUAGCUGAUGUACGCUUAGAAUUAGAAUUAAAAGAAGAACGAUUGAACUCAUUACAACAAGAAUAUAAUGACAUAACAUUUGGUGGAAAAUCUGAUGAUGAAGUUACUACGUUACGUAAGCAGAAACAAGAUGCUGAACGUCGUGUACAUGAACAAGAGGAAGAAUUGGAUGAUUUAGCUGGUCAAGUUCAAAUGUUAGAACAAGCGAAAGUUCGAUUGGAAAUGUCUUUGGAACAGCAACGCAAAGAGUCUCGUCGUGAAGCACAACAACGUGAUGAUGAGCUCGAAGAAGUACGGUGUAAUGCUCAGAAAAAAGUUAAAGCUUUGGAAGCACAAUUGGAAAAUGAACAUGAGGAGAGAACAUUAUUGUUGCGAGAAAAACAUUCAUUAGAACGAAGAUUAGCAGAAACCGCAGAGGCUGGACGAACAGAACGACAAGGUGAUGAAGCUUUGUUGCAGAGAUUGAAACGUGAUCUCCGACGAACAAAAGCAUUAUUACGUGAUGCACAAACAAUGCUCGAACGUAAUAAGGCUGAUAAUCCUGGUAAAGCUGUUAUUCGACAAUUGAGGAAUCAGCUUGAUGACUUAGAAUGUGCUCGUGCUGCAGCCGUAAAAGCGAAACAAACACUCGAAGGUGAAUUGUCAGAUGUACAGUCACAAUUGGAUGAUGCCCAUCGACAAAAAGCUGAGGCUGAAGAACGAGCAAAUAUUGCAAAUAGAGAACGUACAGACUUAAGAACACAACUUGAAGAGAAUGAAGAAGAAUUAGCCGAAGUAUUAAAGAAAUAUCGUGCAACCGUGCAACAAUUAUCAACAGAACAAAUGGCAUUACAAGAACAAAUAUCAAUUAAUUCUGAUAUUGAAGCUGAACGAAAUAGUUUGAAAGAACAACUGGCUGAAUUAACUAUGAAAUUAGAAGCAAUGGAAACAUUGGGCGAUCCUUCAUCUAGUGCUCAGGCGAAACGAAUGGAAUUAAGAGCAAAAGAAUUAGAAUCAAAAUUAGAAUUCGAACAAACAACACGUGCUCGAUUAGAGGUUCAAAUUACACGAUUAAAAGAAGCCACCGAUAAAUUACAAACAGAUUUAGCACAUGCCAGAACUAAAGAAGCACAAGCACAAGAUAACUUAAGAAAACUACAAAGAAGUUUAAGAGAGCUACGUGAGGAACAUACAGCGUUAGCAACACGUGAAAAUGAAUCAUUACAAAAACGUAAAGAACUAGAAAAGAAAUUAGAAUCAUCAGAAGCAGAAACAGUAGCAGCACGUGCUGAUUUACGAUUAGCAUUACAAAGAAUUGAUGACUUACAAGCGGCUAUUCAAGGUGAACUUGAAGAUACAAUAUCGGAUCAUUCUGAUAGUGAUAAUGACAGUUAUAGUUCGGAUGAAAGUAUUGAUACAUUUUUAGCAAAUCAUAAACUAAGUCCAACCAAACCUGAUCGAUCGUCUUUACAUCUUGAUACUAGUCCAAGAUCAAAUGAGAAAAGGCUCAGAGUGGGUACACCAGAAGAUUCGUUCGCAUAAAAAAAAGAUGUAGAAAGAACUGCCUAAAAAAAGUGAUAUAAAAAAGAGAAAGACUUUAACAAUUUUAUUUAAA